UUUUUCCUCUCUUUUCAGCAAAUGGCAGUGAGGUUCACAUUAGCAAUGUGCGCUAUGAAGAUACAGGAGCAUAUACUUGUAUUGCAAAGAAUGAGGCAGGGGUGGAUGAAGACAUUUCUUCUCUUUUUGUAGAAGAUUCUGCCCGAAAGACCCUUGCAAACAUAUUGUGGCGAGAGCAAGGUCUGGGAAUUGGGAACAUGUUUUAUGUUUUUUAUGAAGAUGGCAUCAAAGUAAUACAACCAGUGGAAUGUGAAUUUCAGAGACAUAUUAAGCCUAGUGAAAAACUCCUCGGUUUUCAGGAUGAAGUUUGUCCCAAAGCGGAUGGAGAGCCUGUUCAGCGGUGUAUAUGGGCAACUGCUGUUAAUGUAAAAGACAAAUUCAUUUAUGUGACUCAGCCCACACUUGACAGAGUUCUUAUUGUUGAUGUACAGUCUCAGAAAGUUGUACAGGCUGUAAGUACAGAUCCUGUUCCAGUGAAACUACACUAUGAUAAAUCACAUGAUCAAGUCUGGGUGCUGAGCUGGGGAAACAUGGAAAAGAAUUCACCAACUUUGCAGGUGAUAACACAAGCCAGUGGGAGUGUUUCUCAUCACACAAUUCAUACUCAACCAGUGGGAAAGCAAUUUGACAAAGUAGAUGACUUUUUCAUUCCGGCUACCACCCUCAUAAUUACCCAUAUAAGGUUUGGAUUUGUUCUUCAUAAGGAUGAGCCUGUGCUCCAGAAAAUUGAUCUAGAAACUAUGUCGUACAUCAAGACAAUUAGUUUAAAGGAUUAUAAUUGCAUUCCUCAGUCUCUGGCUUAUACACAUCUUGGAGGAUAUUUUUUUGUCUGCUGUAAGCCUGAUACCACUGGGGCUGUCCUACCGCAGCUUAUAGUGGAUAGUGUUACUGAUUCUGUGAUUGGAUACAAUGGCAACGUAACAGGCACACCUCACAUCUCUCCAGAUGGACACUACCUUGUCAGCAUUGAUGAUGCAAAAGGUCUCAUGAGGAUCCAGUCCAUAACAACAAGAGGAGAAAUACAAUAUGCAUUUGACAUUCACACUAAUUUGCACAUAUCUGAUGUAGCUUUUCAGCCAUCAUUCACUGAAGCUCAUCAAUACAACGUCUACUGUAGCUCCAGCACACAAACUGAUGUUCUCUUCGUGGAGCUUUCCUCUGGCAAGGUUAAGAUGGUGAAGAGUCUGAAGGAGCCUGUCAGGGCAGGCGAAUGGCCUUGGAACAGUAAGAACCGUCUUAUAAAAGACAGCGGCCUUUUUGGUCAGUAUCUCAUGACCCCUUCCAAGGAUUCUCUGUUUAUCCUGGAUGGACGGCUCAAUAAGUUAAAUUGUGAAAUCACUGAAGUUGAGAGAGGCAACACAGUAAUUUGGGUUGGAGAAGCAUAAGGAUCUGUGUUAGAUAUUUACCGAAUUAAUAGUUUUACAGUACAUUGCAUUUAAAUUACACCAUUCUUCAGAUUUACAGAAUUUUAAUUUAAAAUUGUUAGGCCUUUGAAUUGUUAGACAUCCUUAUUUCUUUUGACUUGAACACAAUUUGAAUCAACUUCCACAUAAAAGUUACUAAAAUAACCGCUAUUUGAUGAUGGUACUCCUUAUUAAUUAUCAGCUGAGAUUGUGUUGGUUGACUGAAAUUGCUAAAUAUUGAAAUUGAUGAUAAAUAUCAUACAUUAUUUUAAAAGAAGUAGGGAAAAAAGAAACAAAAAGCAAAAUACUAAAUUCAGGGAGUUUAAUGUGAUACUUUGGAUUUCUAAAUGGAAGACAUAAAUAUGAUUCAGAUUUUGGUUUGAUUUCCUUCAGACAAAAAAUAAGAGCUGUUGUACAAACUCUGACUCUUUAAAUUGAAAUGUUAUGUCCUGUUCUGUCCAGCCCACAGUUUAAUCUUUUUGUGCCUUGAAGCGA